AAUGACCUUUGAUUAGCAUGCUAACGAUACCCGUACUGAUAACACGUUCAAUCCCCCAGAUAACAGGAUAGGAGCUAAAUACACUAGUAAUAAUAAACGCAAACUCCCAAACACAGGUUGGAUAAAACAACAAAAUGACUGAGGCCAGCGUUGUCCCCGAUGACUUUUGUGCAGAACCAAUAUCAUUACAAUCCCCGGAACAGAAAAUAUUUGACGGAAAGCCGUUCCCGCUCAUUCUGCGGCCGCUAAUCGAGAGUGGACCAAAAAGCAACGAGGCAGCGACCGCUUGGGUGAGAGAAAAACGGGAAGUGAUCGAAUCACUGCUGUUAAAUCACGGCGCUGUUCUGUUUCGUGGGUUUCCGGUCAACUCUCCGGAAGAUUUCGACUCCUUUGUGAAGUCGUUUUCGUACGAGGCGCUGCCCUAUGUGGGCGGAGCGGCGCCUAGGCGCGUGGUCACCGGAAACGUGUUCACCGCCAACGAGGCGCCACCGGAUCAGUUAAUACCUUUUCACCACGAGAUGGCGCAGGUGCCCACUUUCCCAUCAGUCUUGUUUUUCUACUGCGACAAUCCUCCGGCAGAAGGCGGCCAGACGCCCCUGGUGAUCUCGACCGAGGUCUACAAGGCGAUGCGUGCACGCGAUGGCAUGUUUGUCGAUGCUCUAGAGGAGAAAGGCGUGGUAUACAACCGAGUGUUGCCGGAUGGCGAUGACGAGAAGUCGCCCAUCGGUCGCGGAUGGCAAUCCACUUACCAGACCACGAGCCGGGAAGAAGCCGAAUCCAAAUGCAAGGAACAAGGAACGAAAAUCGAGUGGUUACCUAACGGCUGCCUGCGCACACAGACUAAGGUACUUCCGGCAGUCAGGGUGGACGCGCGCACCGACAAGAAAACCUGGUUUAAUUCAAUAAUCGCCGCAUACCUCGGCUGGAGCGACGUGAGGAACGACCGGAAGUUAGCUGUCACGUUUCCAGAUGGAACUCCGAUGCCCGAGGAAUCGAUGCAAACCUUAAACGAAGUCUUCGAAGAAUUGGCUAUUGACUUCAGGUGGGAGAAGGGUGAUGUCGUCAUGAUUGAUAACAGACAAGUCCUUCACGGACGCCGCUCUUUUACUCCGCCGAGACGGAUUCUGGCCGCGCUGUGUAAAUAACUUCCACAGGAUUUCACUGAUCCUUUAUUUAUUGGAAUUGUCUUAGAAAAUGUUGACCGUAUGAGAAAUCGACAUUGUAUCAUAUAUCGUCUGUUUAAAAACAUACAUAAAAUUGCGUGUAAAUGAGCAAUGUAGCAUUUCUGGCAUACCAAUAUUUCAUUAUUUGUAAAACCUGUUUUUUAUGAGUGGUCAUUCAAGAAAUGGAUAAAGUAUAAAGUGGUUAGGCUAAUAGAACAUUAAACUAUUGAAUAAAGUAAAAACACGAUCAACUAUAAUUGUUUUGGUAAUUAUAGUAAUUAUAUAAUAUUUUUUCUUUAUACAAUAUCUGUGCAUUUACUUAGUUUUAUCAACGUCACGUUGCUAAUCGGCUAAUACUCACCAACUUGGAGUUUUAAAGAGUAAAGAAUAAAACCAAGAUGACGUUA